UAGAGAGCAAGCCCAAGGUGAGAUCAAUCGUCAUGAUGUCUUUAGGAAUCAAACUCAAUUUUGUGGCUGCUCUGGUGCUCCUUGUGUUGCUUGCACCAGCUUCGGAGGCAGCCAUUUCCUGCAGUGAUGUGAUCAAGGACCUGAGACCUUGUGUGAACUACCUUGUGAAUGGAACUGGAGCACCACCAUCUUCUUGCUGUGCUGGAGCCUCUGCUCUUGCAGCUGCUGCAACAUCCUCUGCUGAUAAGAAGACUGCUUGUCAAUGCAUCAAGUCCGCUGCACAGAAAAUUAAUCCAAACCAGCAGUUAGCCCAGGGUUUGGCAGCUAAUUGUGGAAUCACCUUGCCUGUCGCCGUUUCACCCAACGUUGAUUGUUCCAAGGUUGGUUGAAACUUCCAAGCAGUGGGUCUAGCUUCUUCUCCACAUGGGAAAUGGAAUUACGCUAAAACUGUUCUGUAAUAAACAUGUGUUUUGUUUCUCAUGUUGUUCAUCGCACACUUUCCUCCAUCUCUACAUUAUGUCGUUGUUGUGUUUUGGUCACAAGAUCAAAUAAAAUAAUAAUUAGUAA